AGUUUUGCCUGUGUGCAUUUCCAUCACGUUGAGUCCAUCCGUGGCGGUCCCUCUCUCUCUCUUGCUCUUUCUUCGUCUGUCUGAGCCUGUGAUUAGGUCUGUCUGUCCUUUUCCUCUCUUUCCUCUGUUUUCUUCUUUCCUUUUCAUUCCAACAUGUUUCAAAACCAGUGGAUUACGAACUAUCUCAACCAUGUCACACAGUGUAGUCAAGGCUUUGUCGGUGAAGCUUCUUCUAAGCUCUACAGCCCUGCACUACUAAAGAAAAGAGCAAUAAGCUUUGGUGUGGAUGACAGGACAUCACUGGUUAGGAGUACUACAGAUAUUGAUGCAAACAUUCUUGCUGUGCUGCCCAAAGUUUCAGAGCUAAGGAAGCAAUUUGAAACCACGAUCAGAAGUCAUCCAGAAAUGAACAGGAAAGAAAGGAUAGCAAGAAGGUUGGAGGGGAUUGAAUCUGAUGUUCCAUCUGCUCUUGCUACAAGCAUGCAACACACAGCCGGCCUUGUGACUAAUCGGCUACUGGAGGAGGACACACCACGCUACACACGUGCUUCAGAUCCCAGUGAUCCAGGCAUUGUGGUGCGGCGCUACAGUCGUGAUGAGAUGGAAGCUCCAGAGCGGCAAUCCAGAGGUCGGACACGUCCAGAUCCACAGUCGUCCGCCAAUCCCGACCCGAUAGGCCUUACCCCAGCAGGGUCUGACGCAGCCAGCCUCAGCUCUAAAGCGGAGCGGAUCGCACGCUACAAAGCUGAACGCCGACGACAAUUAUCAGAACGUUACGGAAUCCUCCUUGACCAGGAGGUGGACCUGGAUUACACGCCACGCUACACACGUGCACGGAGAGAGUCUGACUUGUCGGACAGAGGGGCUCCUCCUGACAGGGGACGUGGUGAAAGCAGAACAGGGGGCGUGGCAUUGCAAGAGCAGGAUAAGGGGCGGGAUCGAAGCAGCAGCAGGUCUAAAUACAGCAGUUCAGGGAUAGGGCGGGUCUUCAUGCCUUCUGACCCCGCCCCCGAUCCUGCUCCUCCAUCAGGCUUUGAUGCCGAGCGAGAGAGAGAGAGGGCAAUGAACUUGGAAAAUUAUAGACGAGCACCUGAUCGAAGUCCGAAACCACGCCCACAGGAAGCUCCGGUUCCCAUGGAAACAACAGCUGCCCAACCAACGAAGGGUGUUGCUGUUGUCACUGUGGCAAUUUCUCCUAGAACAGCACGCAGAGCUUCGUUGCCCACAACACGAUAUGGCAUCUCUCCUGGAGACCUGUUCAUUGAGCAACAAGCUCAAAAUAUCCUCAACAGACAGGGCUUGGCAGCUCUUUCUCAGAGUGAGUGGUCCCUCAGGAGAGACAUGGACAGUGAAUCCAUGUCACAAAUCAACUGGCCAUCCAGAAUACGAGUAAGAGAGAGACAGACAAGGGAGGAUAUCUCAGGAAGGGUUUCUGAUUCUGGGCCAGAAGCAUCCUCUGUCAGACAUCAUCCAACAGUUGCCCCUCAAUAUUUGGCUCCACGACCUCAAUCUGCUAACCAGCCGCGAACACGGAGCACUGAUCCCCCAAUCCAACAACCGAGUCAGCUAGCAGAGGCCCGUCAACAAAGGGCACAUAGUGCAGAGCGGCCCCGAUUCCAGCGCAAUCACAGUAUGGAUUCACCUGCCUUUCAACACAUACCUUCGAGUGAAAUGGGAAUUCAUCAGCGUGCUCAAAGUGCAGAGCCCCCAAACUAUGAACAGAUUCCAGGUGUACACCCUAGCACCAUGGGUCAUCAGCCUGGAUUCGGGAAAAUCAGGCAAUCCCUACCAAGGCGAGAUAGUCAAGAUGCUCAACAACCGACACAAAUGACACAACAACCACGCCCAGCAUACAAAGACCUCCAGCAGCCAUUACCUGGUCGCAGAGAUGCCCCACCACCUGUACAAAAGUAUCGGGCUAUCCUUCAACCAGUGCCUUUGGAUCGGGACUCUCGCCAACCAGCUCAAGCACAUGCAACUACUCAGAAGCCUCUACAUGAAUAUGAACACACCUCGCAUUUGCGUCCGUUACAUAGGCAUUAUGGUCACAGCCAACCUUUGCAGUAUGGUACAGUCCAGGCAUUACCUCCAGCCUACGGACAAAUUGUCCACUCUGGUCCUUCCCAUGCAUCUAGCCAUCUAUCCCCACCUUCAAAUGCUCACGUAGCUCAUCCUGUGCCUGGACCUCCACUUGGCAUGUCUGAGAUGCUGGAUCACAAAGAAUGCUUGGCCUCACCUGGUUCGACAUCUACUGGAAAAGAGGGUGAAGAGACAAGAUGGCGUCCCAGUGCUGAUCAUAUUCAGCCCGUUUACAGAGAGGGUCGAUCAGCAUCCAGGGUACAUCCACCUUCAGAAGGGCUACUUAGGAGCAGAAAGGCUGUGCUACCCUCAGAGAUCCGCCGCAGACAAAAAAGUGUGGAUGAUCCCAUAUGUGGACAAACUGAUGAAGUUUUAGAAAGUCAAAGAAUCAGAACGAUUAGCCAGUCAGAGGAGACCGAGGGUAGAGGUGGAAGAAAGUUGCACCAGUUGGAAGGAAGGGAAGGGCCUGAUGGAAGAGGAAUGGCUCAAAUGGAAGAGGGCACAAUAACAGGUGAAAUGGGUCUAGUAAAUGACAGAGAAGGGCUUGUUGACAGAAGGAACAGACAAUCUGAGGAAAGGGAGGUAGAUAAUGGCACAAAGAACAGUUGGACAGGUGACGAUGUGGGACGUAGUGUAAGGAAGAUUGGUCAAAGAGAAGAGAACAAGCAAAGGAGUGGUAUUAAAAAGGAGGAAGGUCAAGGUAAUUGGAGUAUUAACCAGUUAGAGGGGAUGGAGCAAGGAGGUGUCAGGAAGGUUAACAAAUUCAAAGAAAGAGAACGGGAAGUUGAUCAAAGAAAAGCCCACGCUGAACAGUCUGUUGAACCACUGGUACAGGGUGAUAAUAGAAUCAGUCAGGAGGUAGAAGAGCAAGAAGGCCAAAGGUUCCUGCAAAAAGAAGUGGUAGAAGGACAUGGUAGAAGACAACGGAUCAAUCUGUCAGAGAACGAGGAAGGGCAAGUCAGACGAAGAAGGAUAAGCCAAUCCGAAGAUGUUUGGGAGGGACGUAGGGUACGUACAAUUGGCCAGUUGGAUGAAUGGGAAGCGCAAGGAGUGCAUCGAAUGGGCCAACCAGAUGAUCAGUUUGAAGGACGUGAGAAAGGAAAACAGAAGUAUAACCCACAAGUAUCUGAAGGUAUGGACACCACUCCCACACAGGUAAAGCUGACCAAUGAACAGCAUUUUCCACACAAUAAGGUGGGGGAAGUUGGAGGGUACUUGCAGAAAGGUUCCUCCCUCCCACAAGCUCAACAUCGCGUGAGUCAGGAUGCAUGUGACCUCAGGCCAAAGGCACGAAUCCGCUCCAUGUCAGAUAUUGGAGUAAUGCAGCGAUCUGCUGCAUUGAGAAGUCUUGAGCGUGCUGCCAGUCGAGAGUCUGCCAUAGUGAUGGGUCCUGGGCUUCAUACUAAGGAGCCGGGUGCUGUGGCCAAUGGUGAAAUGGGCACCUUGGACACAAGAGUUUCUGUGGCAAAGCUGAGACAUUCCUACCUGGAGAAUGCUUCUGGACACAGACCUGAGCUGGAGUCUAAAGGUGACCAGGUUCCCAUGGAGACUGAUCCAGUUGUCAGCAGUGACCGGGAGAGAGGAGCACGUCGGCCCAGACGUUAUAUUUCCCCUGGUGAUGACAGGAAGUCAUCUGAGAGGUUUAGAACCCAGCCAAUUACAUCAGCCGAAAGGCUGGAGUCUGAUAGGUCCCAUCUUAGUCCAGAGCAUCAACAUGGAGAAUUGGAUGAGGAAAAAAUGGAUGAACGAGCUAAAAUGAGCGUGGCAGCCAAGAGGUCUCUUUUCAGGGAGCUGGAGAGGACUUCAGACGGAGGUGUACCCAAACCUCGGUCACGCAAUGCUGCGGUUGAGCGGAGACUCAGACGAGUGCAGGAUCGUUCACGGACACAGCCCGUCACGUCAGAGGAAGUUGUCAUUGCUGCUACUUCCCCUGCUCCCCCUUCCCAAGUCAUCACUGUUCAAACCACUGCUCCCAGAAUCCCCAGUCCUGCCGUAGUCAGCACUUCCAUGACUAGCUUCAGUUUGCAGGCAUCAUCAGCACAUGGAUCGGCCCACCAUGAGCAGGAGAAAGAUGAUGUAUCAAAGGAGGCGGUUGCGGGAGAAGAGGGCUUGGGGCUUAAUGAACCGGACCUAUCAGCACUAAGCCUAGCUGAGAAGAUGGCAUUAUUCAAUCGCUUGUCGCAACCCUCUGGCCAAUCAGCAAACGGACCCCGCUCGGACACACGCCAGCGUAGGGCCAAUGCCCGCUUUCAGACCCAACCUAUUACCCAGGGCGAGGUUGAUCAGGAAUUUACAAAAGACGUAGACCCGUCCAGUCUCACAGAUCAACGCGCUGUGACUAAUGAUUCUGUUGGUCCCCCUCAGAGCGAGCAACUGCAAAAUGGAAGCGUGAAGUUGGAGCCUCUCUCUGCAUCACUGGUACGCUCUGUUACUGCGGUCACCGCCCAGGCCUCUGUUGCCAUGGUGACAAGCGCUUCCCCAUCAAUGACCGCAGAUGUUCGCAUGGGGAUGUCCACAGCUCCGCCCUCCACUCAGGCCUCGCCCAAUCAGACUCAGCUACCGGCCUAUGAGAGAGGAGUUCGAUACUUCAGUCUUACAGAGAGUGGGGAAAAUCCCACUCCUGAUGUUCAGUCUCCGCCCCCCGCAGUGCAGCCCGGCCAAUCAGGAUACAGCAAGGGUGGGGCCGCGCUGAUUUCAGCCAAUGGCCAGAGGCAGGACGAAAGUGGGCGGAGGGGAAGACUUGGGUACUUAGAGAGAGAGGAGAGAGAGACAGAGCUCCCCAGUGCGACUUCCCCUCCUCACACACAUGCUCCCAUACACACACCCCCUCACGGCAGGGGAGAUGCAGAGCUGAGCGGCCCGCGAGAGAGGGAAAAAGAAAGCACACCGGGAGGCUACCUUUCACCAGACAAUCAUCAGACGGCAAGAGGAAGCGGUACCAGAGCUGUCAUCUCAGAUGUCCCUGAUACCAGCGUUCCCGGGAGGGCGGUGAGCACUGCUGCGGUCUCCUCCAGAAUUUCAUCACACACCUCACACUCGCUCACUUACCUCCAGCAAACCCAGUCCUACACUCCUCCGCAACCUCAACCAAAACCAGUGCAGCACCCUCAAGUUUACACACCGACACUCACCCGACCCCAAACACAACCCUACAGCCCGCCGACGCCGCCACAGACACAGGCCAAACUACAAACACACCUCAUUUCUGACUUUCAACCUCACAUUGACUCUCGGGCUCCUCCACGGCAAACUCAGGUGUCCUCUGAACCCCAACAGCAGACACAACCCAGAGUACCGCCACAGACACAGCCGAAACCACAAUCCUUCCUUCCUCCUCAGUCGCAUGCCUACAUUCCCUCUCAACCCAAGAUACCUCCUCAAACCCAGCCAAAACCCCAGUGCUUCAUACCACCUCAAACAAAACCCCAAGAAGAGAUCCUGGGAAAAUACGGCCCAUCUGCACCCAUCGUCUCCAAAGACCAGCAGCCAGAGAUUCACGAAGAUCCAGAGGCCAUGACAUCUAUGUCAAUCAAAGAGAGGUUAGCCAUGUUGAAGAAGAGUGGAGAGGAUGAUUGGAAAAACAGGAUCAACAAGAAACAGGAAGCUAUACAGGAAGUGGUGUCUGUAAGCGAGAAGACAAGUGAAAUAGUGGAGGAGCAAGGCUUUAAGAAAAAGGACAAGACUGUUAUCAGUGAAUUCACAUCAUCUGAGCAGCUCUGGGGGCCUGUCUUUUCCUCCACCUACUCUCCUCCUCCUCUUCCAUCUUCCCCAAAAUGCCAAUAUGUAGAACAUCAAGGCCAGAAACUUGAAGAGGGGGAGGCGAAGAUGUCCAUUGAAGAGAGGAAACAGAUGAUCUCGACCCGAGAGGAGGCGUGGCAGAGCUCAGGGAAGGGCGUGGCCAAUGACUCGACCCAGUACACGGUGGCUGCCAGGAUGGUGAAAAAAGGUCUGGCCGCUUCCUCUGCAGUGAUCAGCCCGAUUCUGUCUCCAGUCUCUGCUAAACUUAAGAGCAGUGUGUCGGCUAUCUCUAAACCACAGGAAGAUAUUGAGGCCAGAGCAGAAAUGGAGUCUGAUAAGAAGCUGGAAAAGCUAGAGACGUUUCUGGGGCGUUUGAACAGUAAAGUAUCAGGUUUGCAGGAGACGACACUGACAGUAACAGAAAAGGCAGUGAAGGAAGUGAUGCGAUUGGAUGAUGAGGUCUUUUCAAAAUUUUACCGCCACAUGACAGAUAUUCCCCGCAGCAUGAGUAGCAGAAUGCAUUUGGAGGAGGACUUUGAUGCCAUCUUUGGAAAACAAGCGCCAAUGUUGACAUCGGCGAUGGUGCAGCACAAGCGGGCUGUCCGUCCCUCUCGUAACGUCCAGGCAUCCAGGAACCCCUUAAAGAUUCUAGCUGCAAGAGACGACAUCCGUCAGGAGUACACAGAGCAGAGACUGAAUGUCGGGCAGCUGGAGAGCAAGAGAAUUAAACAGGAGAAAAUGAGCAAGAGCUCCAGUUUGUCAGACGCAGCCCUGGCUGGUCUGGCCAGUAAAGAAAGCUACAGCAGCGUGAGUCUGCGUAGUGUCAGCAUCUCAGAGCAGAUGACCAAUAACAGCGCAGCUCCCUACAAAAAGAUCAUGCUCAUGCAGGUCAAAGGUCGACGACAUGUCCAGACCAGACUAGUGGAGCCUAGAGUGUCCUCUCUGAACAGCGGUGACUGUUUUCUACUGGUUACGCCUGAACAUUGUUUCGUUUGGAUUGGAGAGUUUGCAAAUGUCAUUGAAAGAGCCAAGGCAUCAGAACUGGCCACUUUCAUCCAGCUGAACCAUGACCUUGGUUGUCGGGCAGCACUGGUGGAGACGAUUGAAGAAGGAAUGAAAUCACAAAGCCCCGCAGCUGGAGAGUUCUGGAAGAUCCUGGGAGGAACAGCCAGCUACCAAUCGACCGGGUCUCCAGACGAGGAUGAGAUGUUUGAGAGUGCCAUUGUGGAGACAAACUGUAUCUUCCGUCUAGUGGAUGAUAAACUGCUUCCUGAUGAUGAUUCCUGGGGGAAAGUGCCUCGUAGCACACUAUUGGGAUCUAAAGAGGUGAUAGUGUUUGAUUUCGGUAGUGAAGUGUAUGUAUGGCAUGGUAAAGAGGUCACACUGGCACAGAGGAAGGUGGCGUUUCAGCUGGCCAAGCACCUUUGGAACGGGAACUUUGAUUAUACCAACUGUGACAUCAACCCUCUGGACCCUGGAGGACACAACACACUCAUACCAAGGAAAGGUCAAGGUCGCCCAGACUGGGCCAUAUUUGGCAGACUGACUGAACAUAAUGAAACAAGUCUUUUUAAAGAGAAGUUCCUGGACUGGAGAGAUGUUUCUAGACUCUCACCUAAAAGUGUCAUCGAACACCCAUUCCAACAGAAGGAGUCUCCAGGCACAGAUUCUCGUUCGGAAUGCCAGGCGUACAGCGCCUCUCUGAUGCUGCCAGUCCUGCAGUCGCCCAUCAGCACGAUUCUGGACGGUCAGGACGUGGGUCGUGGACACGGCCCAGUGGAGAACAGCUCGGACGACUGUCUGCGGUCCCUGGAGAUCAGCACGGUUGCCGUUGAUGUCUGGCACAUCCUGGAGUUCGACUACAGCCGACUGCCCAAGCAGAGCAUCGGCCAGUUUCACGAGGGAGACGCGUAUGUGGUGAAAUGGAAGUACAUGGUGAGCGCUGCAGUGGGCAGCAGGCAGAAGCCGGAUCAGGUGCGCAGUGCAGGUCCCGGCAGGGAGAAGUGCUGCUAUUUCUUCUGGCAGGGCAGAAACUCCACGGUCAGUGAGAAAGGAACAUCUGCACUCAUGACUGUUGAACUGGACGAAGAGAGAGGAGCACAGAUGCAGGUCCAGCAGGGGAAGGAGCCGCCCUGUUUCCUGCAGUGUUUCAAUGGGGGGAUGACCGUGCAUUCUGGGAAGAGAGAAGAAGAAGAGGAGAACAUUCAGAAUGAUUGGCGUCUGUACUGUGCGCGUGGUGAGGUACCCGUUGAGGGCCACCUGUUGGAAGUGGCGUGUCACUGCAGCAGUUUGCGAUCUCGCACCUCAUUGGUUCUUCUGAACAUCAACAAAGCCUUCAUUUACCUGUGGCAUGGCUGCAAAACACAAACACACACACGGCAUGUAGCUCGAACCGCCGCAGACAAGAUCAAAGAACAACGACCGCUGGAGGCUGGACUUCACAGCAGCUGUAAUGUGACCAUUCAUGAAUGUGAGGAAGGUGGCGAGCCAAUGGAAUUCUGGGAAGCAUUAGGCAGGAAGGACCGUAAGGCCUACGACUGCAUGCUGCAAGACCCUGGCAAGUUUAACUUCACGCCGCGUCUGUUCCAGCUCAGUAGUUCUUCGGGAGAGUUUGUGGCGCUGGAGUUUUUCAACCCAUCCAGAGCUGCAGACCUUGUUUGUUCCCUGCCGUUCCUACAGGAGGAUCUGUACUCUGCCCCACAACCAGCUCUGUUCCUAGUGGAUAACUAUCAUGAAGUCUACCUGUGGCAGGGCUGGUGGCCUCAGGAUGCAGAGAGUACCGGCUCUGCCCGCAUCCGCUGGGACUCAGACAGGAAAUGUGCUAUGGAAACAGUGUUGCAGUACUGCAGAGCAGAGAAGAACGAGAAGAAGCCUCAGAAGUCGUACCUGAUUCAUGCUGGACUGGAGCCUCUGACCUUCACAAACAUGUUCCCCAACUGGGAGCACAGAGAGGAUAUUGCUGAAAUCACAGAGAGGGAGGCAGAGGUGUGUAACCAGAUCAUUUUAGUGGAGGAUGUUUUGGCUCGACUCUGUCAGAGCACCUAUCCUCUAGAAACGCUGCUAACCCGUCCCCUUCCCCACGGCGUCGACCCUCUGAGAAUCGAGAUGUAUCUGACCGAUGAGGACUUUGAGGCGGGGAAGUAGGGAAUUCCGAAUAGAGAGUGUUAGACAUGAAGAGAGAAGAGUUUGACCUUCUGCCUGGAUGGAAGCAAGUGAACCUCAAAAAAGCCAAAGGACUCUUUUAAAAGCCUGACGAAAUCGAAUUAUCACUGUCCAUUUCCACCAUGACCACUGGUUCUGCGGUCGCCUCUGCAUUGUGACCUCUUUCGGUUAAUGGAGGUGUUUGUUCAGAGAGCAGGGUAAACGGUCAGGUCAAAGGUCACUUUAGGAUCUACAGAUGCACCUGCUGUGGCGUCCUCUUUUGAUGUAUCUAUUAAGUCCGUGGAAGUGACGUCUGUGUGUGUCAGUGUGUGUCCUCGCCUCGUUCAUGUACAACGAUUAGCAGUCUGUGAGUAUGUUUAUCUCUUGAAGUACAUGGAAUCAAAUACUUCGCUCACCUUCCCAUCCGGUCCGAUCUGCAAUGUGUGUUUGUUGUUACAUGUACGUUUGAUAAAUCUGCUGAUAAAUUGGAAAUUGUAUAAACUUUGUAGCAAACAAAGAAAAUCCUGUGUGAUCGCUCUUAAUGUUGUCAUAUGUCUUAGGAUAUUUCUUUUUGAUUCAAGAGGAGUUUACAUGGCGCGUCUGUAUUUUGUGUGUGUUCUUGUGUGAAUGGCUGUUGCUUGUGGUGGUGAUGGUCUCUUUUUCCUGAGGUGUGAGGGACGUCAUGUUUGUUUGUAUUCGGACAGCAUGGAGUAAUGGACGAGAGAAAGAAAAGAUAUUAAUUUAAAUGUACAGUAUAGUGCCUUGCUUUUGUGUACAGUUUCUAUACCAAACACACUCUAUAGUCUGCAUUUCAGACACUUUCUUUGUGAUAAAAGAAAUAGUGAAUAAAGAAAGCAUAUUCAAAUCA